UGAGCGCUGAGAGAUCAAAUCUCUAGCAUCCAAACUAGAUUUACUUUUACAUUUUGUUAGCUUUUGGCAGAAUGCACUGCAAAAUCUUUUCCGUCUCUGUUAUUGUUUUUCUGGGAUUCCUGACCAUUGUUGAAGGAAUGAGUCUUAGAGGUCUGGGUGUAGAUCCACGCUGUCGCUGCAUUGAAACAGAGAGUCGACGCAUUGGAAAACACAUAGAGAGUGUGGAGCUCUUCCCUCCAAGCCCACAAUGUAAAGACACAGAGAUCAUUGCCACCCUGAAGGGAUCCAGAAAAGAGAUCUGUCUGGACCCUACUGCACCCUGGGUUAAGAAGGUCAUUGAGAAGAUCAUUGCCAACAAAGCACCAUGAAUGUUUGGAUCAUCUGUGAAGUUGAGCCUGAUGAUAUGGAUGAUAUUGCCACAUCUGACAUGUCAACCUGUGGGAAACCGAUGGGCACAGUCCUACUGUUUGGUUUGGUUUCAAAGAGUGUGCUCAAUAUUGAGUGUUGUUAAAAUAUGUGUUGAGUGUUGUAUUUAUAUUUAUGUAUGUAUUUAUUAUAUUU